AUGUCUCAUGAAGAAGCACUUGCUCCUUUUUUUAGUAAAAUUAUGUAAUAUCUAGGAAGAUAUAUAUCAAAAAAUAUAUAAAAAAGUAAAAAAAAGUAAUUAGAAAUAAGAAAAAGGAAAAUAUAAAGAAACACACACAAUUUAGGAAGAAAUAAGAGAAGAUAAGUAAAGGAUUGUAUAGUAUUAAAAGGAAAUAAAAAAGUAGAAGAGGAAACAAGCUCAACCAACCACUUAUUUUGCUCUGUUUAAAAAAAGCGAUAUUCAAACUAAAAUUAAGCUCUCUUCAUCUUAAAUUUCUAAAUGUCAUUACCGAAAAAAGUGGUUAAUAAAGAAAGAUAGAUAUGUGAAGCGCCAGAAUUGACAGUGUAUGAGCAUACAACCGAAAUGUAGACAUCUCAUAUGUGCCAAGAAGAGAUAGAAAUUAACAAUUGGUUAGAGGAACACAAUAUUUAGAUGGCUGAUCCUCUUGAUUUGAUUCACUAAUAUUUUCAUGUCAAAAAGAAAAAAAUUAGUGAAAAGAUAGCAGAGAAUAAAAAAAGCAAAGGUCUUACUUAAGGGUCUUUAUUACUCGAGCGUCGUGCCAAAAAAAAUGUUAAUGCUCCCACCAUUUCUUUCUCAGAAAACAUAUGA